CCACCGUCUUUGCUGAGAAUCCUCCUCAUGUUUUUUAUCCAGGUUCGGCCCGCCCUUGCAAUGCGGGUCCUAGUCUUAUUGCUCACACCUUUCUCACUCGUCUCCCACUUGUUUUUUAUUAUUCAAUUUCACUUCUCCUCUCCUUCUCUCUCUAUCUCUAAGCCUGUUUAGCUCCCCAAAAUAAUCAGUUGAUGAGAUAGAGGGUUGUUGCAGGGGUAUUAUAAUGGUGAAAUUGGGACAUAUGGAGAGAGAUCUCUUUCGGUUUCCAUGCAAAAAGGAGUUCAAAGUAGAGAAUCAGUGCAACUGUGGAAAAGGUACACACGGGUAGUGAUCUCUUUUCGGUUCUAUUCAAAAAAUCAUUUGAGUGAGAGAGAGAGAGAGAGAGAGAGAAGCAUGACAGUGGAAAUGGGACACAUGGGGUGAGAUCUCUUUGGGCCUCUAUACAAAACCCUCAAAGAGAAGGUAAGAGAGAGAAAGUGACUGAGUAGAGAGAGAGAAUCCAACCCAAGUGCUGAAGAUGCAGUCCAGUGUCGAGUUCAAUGGUGUAUCUGAUCAUAUACAUCAGCUCUUGGCUGCAAGAUCUGCCCAUUCCCUUCCAAUGAAUCUCUCACCUCCGCCAUUUUUCACCAUUGAUGCUCAACCUCCAGAUCUGAGAAUAGGACCAGGAAACCCUCAGUUGCAGAAUAACCCCUCUAAUGAGCUUGGUUUGUUCAGGCAAUUGCACCAAUCUGAUCCAUUCAAAGAUAAUAAGAACGCUGAUGGCUUGGAAGAAGAAGAGCUCAUGACUGAUAAUAGAUCUAUUUGUGAAGCUAGUAACCGGUGGCCCAGAGAAGAAACUUUAGCUCUCCUCAAAAUCAGGUCAAGCAUCGAAGCUGGCAUGGGGGACUCCAAUGUGAAAGGACCCAUAUGGGAGCAUGUCUCCAGGAAGCUUGCCGAGCUAGGGUUUAACAGAAGUGCGAAAAAAUGCAAGGAAAAAUUUGAGAACGUGAGUAAAUACUACAAGAAAACCAGAGAUAGUGCAAACACAAGGCAAGAUGGGAGGAGUUACAGGUUUUUUAACGAGCUUGAAGCUCUCUACAAUGGUGGAAACAACCAGUUUAAACCAGUAGAGACCCUUUCUCAACAGAAAACCACAGUGCAAAAGACUAAUGGAGAGCCAAAUGUAUGUUUAAAUUCUCACUCAUCAGAGGGAACUUCAGAGGAGGAAACCCUAGAAAACCCUGAAACCCAUGCAAACCCAUCAGCUUCUGAUCAAAACAGAAAGAAGAGGAAGAGAAAGCGUAGUAGCCUAGAGCUUAUGAAGGGUUUUUGCGAAUCCAUGGUUGAACAAUUGAUGCACCACCAAGAAGAGCUUCAAAAUCGCUUAUUAGAAGCAGUAGAGAAGAGAGAUCAAGAGAGAAUUGCAAGAGAAGGAGAAUGGAAAAUGCAAGAGAUGGCAAGGCUUAAUAGGGAAACCGAAAUCAGGGCUCAAGAGCAUGCCCUGGCGUCUGAUAGAGAGGCCGCCAUUAUCGAGUUUUUGAAGAAAUUUACAGAGAAUUCAGCUGAAAACCAGAGCCCCACUCAAGCACCAGACCCCAAACCAGAAGAAGCUCCAAGCUCUGCAAACCCAACAAAUUCACUGGCUUUGCCACCUGAAAAUCAUUCCCCUAACCCUAAUCCAAUCACUGAGGAGAAAUCAGACCAGAGUGGUGUGGUUAACAAUGGUGGGUUUCAUCUGAAAAGGUGGCCAAGGUCUGAGGUUAUCUGCUUAAUCAGGCUUAGAAGCAACCUUGAUCAAAGGUUCAAUGAAUCAGGCUCUAAGGGUUCACUGUGGGAGAACAUAUCAAAGGGAAUGGCACAAUUGGGUUAUAAUAGGAGUGCAAAAAGGUGCAAAGAGAAAUGGGAAAAUAUUAACAAGUAUUUCAGGAAGACGAAGGAUGCAACCAAGAGUAGGCCACCUGACUCUAAGACUUGCCCUUAUUUCCAUCUUUUGAGCAAUCUUUAUCAGAAAAAGAUGGAGCUCUCUCCCACCCAAAAGCCAGAAAACAGCUCAAACUCAACUGCAACUCUAGAGAUAGAGAGAGAGAACGAGGUAGAGAGAGAAAGUGAGUCUCUGAGAGAUGGUGUCCAAACAGUUGGUGAGAGGCCCAAUGUGUUGCUGCCUUCUAUUGAUGCUGGUGAUGAUCGUGGUGCAAUGAUCAUGACCCAUGAUCCCGAAACUUCAAGGAAUUUGUAUGAUGAAACUGUAAUGAAUGGGAAGAUCAGCAUGGAGAGGAUGGUCAAAGAGAUGAUAGAGAUGCCUCAUGGCCAUGGCCAUAGCCAUCAAUGUGGAGUGCCUCUUAACAUGGGGUCACUGCAUGCAUCAGAUGCUCAAGAGCAACUGUCUCAGUCAGCUUUCAUGGCCUUGGUCUGCAAGCUUUCUUCAUCAAAUUACAACACAGAUGAGUGAUGGGUUAUGAAUGCGAUCAUGGCAUGGAGAUAGGGCUAAUCUACUCUUUAAUGCUCAGUUUUGGUUCCCAAAAACUCCCUCUUCUCAACCAAGAAAAAGGUAUAUAUAUCAUGACCAUUUCACACAUCAUACAUCAUACCAAUGCAUCAUCAUCAUCUUCACAAUGCUAUCAAUACAUUUAUAAAUCAUUAUAUUUAUAUAUGUUGACAUUAUUUACAGUGAGGAGACAUACCAUAAGAACAUAGUUUUCUGUUCUUAUGUCUCUAUGGAACAGUGUGAACUUGCAACGCCAAUGAUCUGAAACUGAAGCCUCAGUAUGAUCAUGUGAUCCGGCUCUUGUUUUUAAACAUGGAGAAACCCAUAGUAUUUCUUAUUUCUUCUCCUGAAUUAUAAGAGCCCCUCUAUUCUCUAAUAUACACAAUGUCUUGUCUGCUUUCUUUUAUAUGCUAAGAUCCAGUUUAUUUA